AUGUUAUUUUUUCGUCGUCGUGAUACUAAUCAAUCAUAUUCACAAUUAACCGAUGAUGAACGAUGUAUUCAUGCUUGUUUAUUUUUUGCAUUUAUAUUUCUUAUAAUAACAAUCGUUCUAUUCUAUUUUGCUAGUAAUAAUAAAAAUCCAAAUGAACGAACAUUUUAUUUUAUUGGUGCCAGUGUUAGUCUAUUAAUAUUAGUAUUUUUAGCUGUAUGUGCAAUUAUUUACGUUCGACGUUUAUGUAAUCGAUCAUUAUCGACACAUAGACGUACAGCAACAGCUUAUGAUGUUAGUACAGAACAAAUGGGUGAUAUUCCAUCAGCCCACAUUGAUUCAAGACAAACUCAUUUAUAUAGAUAA